UCACUGACAGUUAUAAAAAAUAGAAUGAAAUAACACGCAAAAUCUGUUGUAACAUAUCUGAACAAAAUGAACAGGAUUCCUAGGAGGGGAAGGGCGACACGUCACGAGAAUUCAAACAGAUUUAUCGCAAAAAAUAAAGCACCAAGUGACGCAGAAGAUUCACAUCAUUCUCCUUUUAGGCAUCGCAGUAAAGAGAAAACUGUGGCCAAUAGGUGCUGUUACGUAACUCCUGACCAGAAGGAUUUUGGACAGUCCUACGGGCCUGAUAGAAGAUCAAGAGAUAAACGUCCACAUCAAGAAGCACUUGCUGCAACAAAAUCAUUUCAAUACGAUCAUGUAAUGAACUUUAUUUUUAAUUUACACAUACAACUUAUCUAUAUAAUUAGACUUUUUUACCGAACUUUACUAAAGGAUCAAUACGGAUUCGAUCCGUCAAAAUCUGAAACUAUAGCUCCUUUUAGAGAGAAAUUCAAAAGGGUGCCAUAUUUGAAUAACAAUAAGGUUGAAUCUCGUCCACACUAUAUCCAGAAAGGUACCUCACCUACGUUCGUGGAGACACCUGAUGGAUCACAUUGGCAGAACGUGGACAAUAUUGAUGAAUUAGAAACUAUUGUUACACACGAAGAAACACCAACAAUGUACGAGCAUCUUCCAAAGCAUAUCUACAUAUCCGAGGUGCCACGAGUCAAAAUAAUCGCUGAGAAAUUUUCUAAAUACAAGAAGAAUAACAUCGAACUCCGUCGACUCGAUGAAAAGGUGGUUUGUGUGGAGUACAGCAUCUACGACGGUACGAGCAAACAUGACUUGAAACCUAUACAGAGGAUGAGGGCUUUCUUCUCUAUCAAAACUUCUCCAGAAGAUGACAGUCCGAAUCACGAAUCCGGCAAGUUAAUAAGCUUACCCUCGACUAUCAAACACCAAUUCGACAUCCUAGAUGAAGAUUUGAAAAAGUUAACGGACAAAGAGAUUGAAAUAAUCGAUGGAAAGAUAGAGGAUAACAGAUCCUAUCUUGAGGACUUAAGGCGUAUAUUGAAACGGAAACAAGUGAUACACGCUAAAAAGAAUAGGAAGACGUUGGAUUUGGAGUCUCUAUAUCAAAUGGCGAAGCGGGAUGUGUCGUCCGUCGGUUGUGGGUAUUCGGGAGCGAAUUUACUUUCGAAGGCGGAAUUGCAAGAUGUAAAGGACUUGAUACUUCACAGGUGUACGUCCAGUGUCCACGGUAUUAGAAGAAAGAGUAUUAAAAGGAAAGACAAAGGGUCCGGGAUAGAUUACGGUCUUAUAUCUGAGGCCAUUGUGGCUGAACUGUUGCGAGACGAUGGCAAACUUAGUGUCUAGCAAUGAAAGAAUUGUGUUCUGUU